AAGAAACACAAGACCAUGGAAUUCUUCAAACCUCAUACUCUUUUCCUUUUCAUUCUCACCAUUUCUAGCAUCACUAACUCCAUGGAUUCUUCCCAUCAUGCCCCAAACAAAGGGGCUUAUUGGCCUUCUUGGUCCGAUUUAUCGCCAUCCGCCAUCGACACCACUCUCUUCACCCACGUUUAUUACGCUUUUCUUUCGCCUAGUAACAUCACCUUCAAGUUCGAAAUCGAUAAUCCCACCGCUCUCUUGCUCAAAAACUUCACCACCUCCCUCCAUAAAAAGAAACCGCCCGUCAAAACGUUGUUUUCCAUCGGUGGUGGCUCAGAAGGCUGGUUAAUCUUUUCCCGCAUGGCCUCGAGCCAUGGCUCGAGAAAGACUUUCAUUCUUUCCACUAUCGAAGUGGCAAGAAAGUUUGAAUUCGAUGGAGUUGACCUAGAUUGGGAGUUCCCUCGGACCCCAAGUGACAUGGCGAACCUUGGCCGCUUGCUUCGCCAGUGGCGAGCCGCAGUCAAGAAAGAAGCUAAGGCAACCGGAAAAUGUCAACUUCUUCUUUCGGCCGCCACGUACUACUCGCCGGAAGUCCGGCUAGACGGUGUGUAUCGGAAGUAUCCGGUGGAUUCGAUAAACAAGAAUCUUGAUUGGAUAAAUGCCAUGUGUUACGACUACCACGGGCCGUGGGAUCGGUCAGCAACCGGGGCUCUAGCUUCAUUGUAUGAUCCGAAUAGCAAUGUGAGCACGAGCCACGGGCUACAAUCGUGGAUCGGAGCUAAGAUCCGAAGAGAAAAGUUGGUGAUGGGAUUGCCAUUAUAUGGUCGGACCUGGCAACUAAAGGAUCCGUCUUUAUAUGGUAUCGGAGCUCCGGCUGUGGAUAUAGGACCAGGGACUGAUGGCCAAAUGUCGUAUGCUGACGUGGAAAAGUUCAAUGCCCAAAACAAUGCCACGGUGGUGUUUGACUUGUUAACGGUAUCGGCUUAUUCAUUUGCGGGGACUUCUUGGAUCGGAUACGAUGAUGUUAGAUCGGUGACAUUGAAGGUGGCGUAUGCACGAGCUCUUAAUUUGGGCGGGUAUUUCUUCUGGGCGGUCAGCGGUGAUCAAAACUGGAAAAUCUCACAACAAGCUUCAGAGACAUGGAUUCUUUGAAAAACCGAGGGCAGGGCUUUCGAACGGAAACGUGCGUCUUUGAUUAUAUGUCUAGAAAUGUAUUUCAUAAUGUCGAAAUGAGAAGUGAUAUAGAGAUGUGAAAAUGAAUCUUGUACAAGGAUGUUUUUUGUUCUUGUUAAUCGUAGUAUUUGAUUUCUAAUCGACUAUACCCACGUGUUAAUGAUGGUUUGUCUCGUAUGUUUGAGCCCGAACAAAGUUUGAAAUUAUCUA